AAGCAAUUACAAACCGUUAGAUUUUCGGAUCGCCGCGAAAACCCUAGCUUCCUUCAUCCGCAGCCUCUUAACACUCUCCGAACCAGAGGAGAGGACAUUUUGAGUUUUUUGAGCAAGCAACAAUGGUGAAGGCAACGAAAGCAGAGAAGAAGAUCGCUUACGACGCAAAGCUAUGUCAGCUUAUCGACGAGUACACUCAGAUCCUAGUCGUUGCCGCCGACAACGUGGGAUCGACUCAGCUUCAGAACAUCAGGAAAGGUCUUCGUGGAGACUCAGUGGUUCUCAUGGGGAAGAACACUAUGAUGAAGCGUUCCGUUAGGAUCCAUUCCGAGAACACUGGAAACACUGCCGUUUUGAAUCUGCUUCCCCUCCUUCAGGGGAAUGUUGGUUUAAUCUUCACCAAGGGUGACCUUAAGGAAGUGAGCGAGGAGGUUGCCAAAUACAAGGUUGGUGCUCCAGCUCGUGUUGGUUUGGUUGCUCCAAUUGAUGUGGUUGUUCAACCUGGUAACACUGGUCUCGACCCAUCUCAGACAUCUUUCUUCCAGGUGCUUAACAUCCCAACUAAGAUUAACAAGGGUACUGUCGAAAUCAUCACCCCUGUGGAGCUUAUCAAGCAAGGUGACAAGGUCGGGUCUUCUGAGGCUGCCCUUCUAGCCAAGCUCGGGAUUAGACCUUUCUCAUAUGGUCUUGUUGUUCAGUCGGUUUAUGACAAUGGAUCAGUCUUUAGCCCUGAGGUUCUUGAUCUUACAGAAGAUCAACUUGUGGAGAAGUUUGCUUCUGGUAUCUCCAUGGUCACUUCCUUGGCUCUAGCUGUUUCUUACCCUACUCUUGCUGCUGCGCCACACAUGUUCAUCAAUGCCUACAAGAAUGUUUUGGCUAUUGCUGUUGCCACUGACUACACUUUCCCUCAAGCAGAGAAGGUCAAGGAAUUCUUGAAGGAUCCUAGCAAGUUUGUUGUUGCUGCAGCGGCAGUGUCUGCGGAUGCAGGCGGUGGUGGUGCUGCACAAUCUGGAGGUGCUGCUAAGGUAGAGGAGAAGAAAGAAGAGUCAGACGAAGAAGACUAUGACGGUGGUUUCGGUUUGUUCGACGAAGAGUAGGAUUUGCCUUUUUGUCGUGGCUUAUACGUGGUGCUUAAUGUUGAUCUCAGUUUUGUUUGGUUUAAAACCAGUUCAGAUUUUAUUGUAUUGUCCUUUUUUGGAAAGACUUCAUUUACCAACGUCAAAAGAUAUGUUCGGUAGAAAAGAAAUGUUAUGUUUUUUCCUUAUAUAAGCAAACACAAACACAA